GUAUUUGUAAUGAACGAGAUAUGGUAGAUGGUGAAGAUGCUUCUGCUGAAAUUUCAUAUUGUUCAGAAAUUAUAUCAUUAUCUGAUUCUUCUGGGCUAGAACCUUCACUUUCAGUAAUACCCUUAUAUGACAAGAAGCUAUCUAGAGAG